AUGAGGGGUAGACGAAAACGAACAUCACCUUAUCUCAACCACUCGUUCUCUCAUGAUCAUAUUUGGAUCCUUUCAGCUGAGCUCUGCUCGUAUCCACGUUUUAUUUAUUUUAUCAUGAUCAUUUCAGACUACGGUGAAUCGGUGAGAACCGUGCCCGGGGCCCCCAAAGUGCUAGUUUCCACAACGCCGUCGUCCUGUCCCACUGUUUCUCAGGACGGUACCACGUGCCACACUCCUAACGCGGACACGGUGGUAUCUCAGAAAUCUCACGAGUUCAUGUCCACCACCGAGCUUCUCCAGAAAGCGAUCUGGAAAGCGGAGGUCGCUGUGCUCAUGCGAGACAUUUCUGAAAUGUCCUGUUGA